AUGAUUUUGUAUGACUGGAAAAUUGGUUUAACAUACAAGGAUAGUCAUGCCCGUUUGGUGCAGGCAUGGGGGGAGCAAGCACCUUCUGACCAUACAGUCUUCAACUGGUUUCGUGAAUUUCAACGCAAUAAAUUCAGUGUUCAAGAUGCUCCUCGCUCAGGUCGUCCUUCAACAUCUGUUACUCAACAAACCAUUGAUGCUGUACGGACAAUAAUUGAAGGUGAUCCUCAUUCAACAUAUCAACAAAUUGAGACCAUAUUGGGCAUCAGUUCCACAGCAAUUAAUUCGAUUAUUCAUGAUUAUUUAAAUCUAAGAAAAAGAUUUGAAGAAGGUCAAUCCCGUCGUGUAUUUGACAUUAUAACAGGUGAUGAAGCUUGGUUCUAUCAUUAUGAUCCCGAACUAAAAGAACAAUCAAAAGUUUGGAUGUCGACAACUGAUCCACAUCCAACCAAAGUCCAUCGAAACAAAAGUGCCGGGAAAAGAAUGGUGGCAAUUUUUUUCAUGAAAUUUGGUUUAAUUAAAUCUGUUCCAUUAGAAACAGGUGCUACGGUGAACGCAAACUGGUAUGUCAACACAUGCUUACCACAAGUCUUCACAGCGAUAUCUGAACGAAGAGAAACGCGAGGUCUUCGAGGUCUCAUUUUUCAUGACGAUAAUGCAAGGCCGCAUCGAGCAUGGAUUACCAAUGAAUUUUUGCUGGAAAAUCACGUAGAACAAUAUCCAAAUCCACCAUAUUCUCCAGAUUUAAGUCCUUGCGACUUCUUCUUAUUUCCAAAACUCAAGAAGCAGCUGCGUGGAAUUCGAUUUAACGACGACAAUGAAAUGCUAACUGCUUUAGAACAAGCCAUUGACAGUCUCACAAAAGAAGAUUUUAAAAACUGUUUUGAAGACUGGUUUAUUCGAAUGCAUAAGUGCAUUGAUGCUAAUGGACAGUACUUUGAAAAAAUAAAUUAA